UGCCCAGCUGGUGUAGGAGCCAGCCAGGGCUGCCCGGGGAAGGCUGCUCGGGCUGGAGGUAGAGCCCAGCCUGCUGAGAAGGUCUGGCAGGGCACUGGGAGCCAGCUGGGACUACCCUUCAAGCUGAGCCUUUGGGAUGAAACUGUUUUCCCGUUAGAGUUUGCAAUGAGCUAUGAGUGCUGGCUUGAUCUUAUCGAGAGAAUUUAUCCUAACUCUCCUUUUGGGUUUGAUACACAGCAAUUUGUGCUGUCCUGAUAAGCACACAUGGACAAUGGUGUCCUGUUGGUCCCAGAGCCAGCUGGGCCCCAGGCAGGAGCCAAGCUGAUCCCCUGGCCAUGCACACCCCCCAUGGCUCUGUGGAGGGGCUGGGGGGUCCCCUGUCCCUGCAGGCAUGGCAGAGUCCCAGCCCUGCCCACGGUGAGGCCUGCAGAGAAGGGGCUGAGGAAACACUGCCUUAUCUGCCCCUGCCACACACGGCUGCACCCUGCGCCCUCCUUCCUGCUGUCCCCACCAGGCAGGAAGUGUGGAAGCCUUCUUCUGCUCAAGAUGAGAGAUCAAAGAAAACUCUGAUAUUCAGCUCUGAUACUGCAGAGUUUCUGCUGCCUCUGCUUAGAGGAAGAGGUUUCUGCCAGUGGGAAAACAGAACCCAAGGGUGAUUAACACCUUCCUGUGGCUGCAGCUCCCAGCAGAGUCGCUGCUUUGUUCUCUGGAUGCUGCACCUCUUCCAGCAGCUCACUGGAGCAGUUGUUGCCCCCCUGCCACCCAUGAUCACCCUGAAUGCUGGAGCAGAGGAGCAGCCACGGGGCAUCCCCGUGGUCCUGGUGUGUGGAGGCCCUGGUGGUGUACUGCUGGUCGGGGCGGGAGGAGGAGCCCUACGUGACCAUCACCCGCAAGCGGCGGCUGCGGAAAGGCUACGAGGUGGAGAUGGAGCAGGAGGUGGGGCACUCGGAGCGCCGCCUGGCCACGCACCGCAACGCCUUCAAGCGCAUGGCCGUCAUCCAGGCCUUCCUGGGCUCCACCCCGCAGCUCACCCUGCAGCUCUACAUCAGCGUUCUGGAGAAGUACGUCCCUGCUGCCCGAGCUGUGCUCAUGGCCAUCUGCCUGGUGUCAGUCACCUACGGGGCCCUGGUCUGCAACAUCCUGGCCAUCCAGGUCAAGUAUGACGACUACAAGGUGCAGCUGCGGCCGCUGGCCUUCCUGUGCAUCGUGCUGUGGCGCAGCCUGGAGAUCUCCACCCGCAUCGCCGUCCUCGUGCUCUUCAGCACCGUCUUCAAGCACUGGAUCAUCCCCAUCGCCCUGGCCAACCUCCUGGUGGUUUUCUUCUUGCCCUGGGUGCAGUUCUGGCGCAGCGGCAGCCGCCUGCCCGACAACAUCGAGAAGAACUUCAGCCGCCUGGGCACGGUGGUGGUGCUGUGUGCCUUCACCCUCCUCUACUCCAGCAUCAACAUGUUCUGCUGGUCGGCCGUGCAGCUCAAGCUGGCUGACCGGGACCUCAUCGACAAGUCGCAGAACUGGGGCCGCCUGGCCGUGUACUACGUGGCCCGGCUGGCGGAGAACACGGCCCUCGUCAUCCUCUGGUACUUCUUCAAGACCGACGUCUAUGAGAACGUCUGCACCGCGCUGCUGGUGCUGCAGCUGCUCCUCGGCUACAGCCUGGGCAUCUACUUCAUGCUCCUCUUCUUCCAGUACCUGCACCCCUGCCGCCAGCUCUUCCGGCACAACGUCGCCGACUUCCUGCACUGCGUGUGCUGCCGCCGGCACCCGGCAGGGACCCCGCUGUGCCUCGAGGCACCCUUGGAGCCCGGCGUGAGGCACAGCAUUGUCUGAGCACCUGGCUCCUCCAGCCAGCCACAGACAUGGGCGUGGGCAGCACAGGGCUGUGCCAGCAGCUGGAGGAUGCUCGUGGCACAGGCUGAGGGCUGCCUGGUGCUGCGGUGGCAGCAGGUGCCAGUGCAUCCCCUCGGGGGCAGGGGGACAGGAGUGUGCUUGCCCACUCAGGACCACUCGAAAGAACAUGAAGGAGGGUUGAAUUGGAUUGGACAUAAGGAACUUUUUGGCAAUAAGAGUGGUGAGGGACUGGCACAUGUUGCCCAGAGAGACGGUGGAUGUUCCAUCCCUGAAAACCUUCAAGGCCAGGUUGGAUGGGCUCUGAGCAACCUGGCCUAGUUGAAGAUGUCCCUGCCCAUCUCUGGAGUGUAACUAGAUGGUCUUUAGGGGUCCCUUCCAACCCUAACUAUUCUACAGUUCUACGGCUUAUGGGGUGCCCCAACAGUAGCCCCUGCCAGCUGGCUGCCACAUGGGGCAGAGCCCCUGGGGUACCCCCCUGCUGCUAUGGUGCAUACGGUGACCUCGGGCCACGGGUGCCACUGGGACUGUUGUAAGCAGUAAAGAAACUUUGCUGUGACUGCGA